GCAGAACAGAAGGCACAAAAGGAAUUUGGAUUGCGAUUAGCUCGCACGCCGUGUUCCCGGAACUCAGAGGGCGUCGCGCGAAGGCUGAAGGGAGCUUGGGGGUCCGGCUGCUCGUCCUGUGGUGCGGGGGGCGCCGGAACCGGGGAGCCGGCAUGCCUCGCUAUGCGCAGCUGGUCAUGGGUCCCGCCGGCAGCGGGAAGAGCACCUACUGUGCCACCAUGGUCCAGCACUGUGAAGCCCUCAAUCGGUCUGUCCAAGUUGUGAACCUAGAUCCUGCAGCAGAACACUUCAACUACCCCGUGAUGGCUGGCACCCGGGUUAUAGCAGAGAACAAGACGGAUACUACCCCUGCUGUCAUGGACCUGUUAGCAGGGGAGAGAAGCAAUAAGCAAAACGACAUCCGGGAACUGAUCGAGGUGGACGAUGUGAUGGAGGACGGUUCUCUGCGGUUCGGUCCUAAUGGAGGAUUGGUAUUUUGCAUGGAGUACUUUGCCAAUAAUUUUGACUGGCUAGAGAACUGUCUUGGCCAUGUGGAGGACGACUACAUCCUUUUUGACUGUCCAGGUCAGAUUGAGUUGUACACCCACCUGCCCGUGAUGAAACAGCUGGUCCAGCAGCUAGAACAGUGGGAGUUCCGAGUCUGUGGAGUUUUUCUUGUUGAUUCUCAGUUCAUGGUGGAGUCAUUCAAGUUUAUUUCUGGCAUCUUGGCAGCCCUGAGUGCUAUGAUCUCUCUAGAAGUUCCACAAGUUAACAUCAUGACAAAAAUGGAUCUGCUGAGUAAGAAAGCAAAAAAGGAAAUUGAGAAGUUUCUAGAUCCAGACAUGUAUUCUUUAUUGGAUGAUUCUACAAGUGACUUAAGGAGCAAAAAAUUUAAAAAAUUGACUAAAGCUAUCUGUGGACUGAUUGACGACUACAGCAUGGUUCGAUUUUUGCCUUACGAUCAAUCAGAUGAAGAAAGCAUGAACAUUGUAUUACAGCAUAUUGAUUUUGCCAUUCAGUAUGGAGAAGACUUAGAAUUCAAAGAACCAAAGGAACAUGAAGAUGAGUCUACUUCUAUGUUUGAUGAAUAUUUUCAAGAAUGCCAGAAUGAAUGAGGAAUUUAUUAAAAAGUAACUAUAUAUGUGAAGAGCUUGUGGCUGAACCAACAGAAUAUUCUUCUCUUCAGAGGAUGCAAUACCAGAAAGCUACUUAUUUUAAUGGGCUUUUUAUCAGCAGCAUGCCUGAAUCACGUUCUAAGUUAUUCUGAACCUACUGCUGUUGAAAGUGGAAUCUUUUAGUAUUAUUUUGACUGCAUCAAUUUAGAUUUUAAAAGGCAAAAUUGAAAAGAAUGCACAUAGAUUUGUAUAUAAUAUAAAUUAGCACCUGUGGUAUAAUUAAGACCAGUCUACCUUUAUUUUUACUGUUUGAUUUUUGUUAUUUUUGAAGGUUUUUUUGGAGGGGCAGUAAUUAAUUGUAACAAAUAUACAUAUGUCUGUCCAAAGGGAAAAAUCUGGAAGAAUAUAGAUAUGAUCGUUGCUUAUCUGAAUCUUCCAGUUUUCCUACAUUGAAAAUGUAUUAUUUGUAUAAUUAAAAGAUGAAAAGUAUGUUUUAAGAUAUGUGUAUAUAAAUAAAAGAAACAGAAAGAUAGCA